AUGACUUCUCGUGCUAAAGAAGGAAGUGAUCCAGCUGACAACGCUCUGAAAAUUUCUGAAAAUGAGGCUCCACAUGACUGUAGUGCAGACAUAGAGCCUUCAUUUGCUAAUCCCAGUAUGAUCUCUCAGGCGGAAUCCAACCCAAUGAACAGGCAGCCAAGCACAUCAACCUCCCAGGAGGAUGCUGUUCUUCUAACAGCGGACAAUAUUGAGCUUGAAGCAGAAAAGAUUCAAAAAGAUUCUCAAAAGGAAGAUGCAUCACAAAACUCUCUUGUAGUUCGGAUGCCUAUUCCUAGAAAAUUGAUCUUUCUUAUUGACAGACCAAUAUUCUACCCAGGGAAAGUGCAGAUAAAAGUGAAUGAUUUUUAUCACAACAUCAUAAAUUACAAAAUUCCUCUCCAACUUUCAAUUCAAUGGAGAAUACCAUUCAUUAAUAAUCAUGAGAUAAGAGGAAUGAUUCUCCAUCUGCUAUGUGGGAGACAUUUCUCUCAGACUGUAGGUCAUCAAAAUAGCAUGUGGAUGAAACAAAAAUAUAUAGCAUUCGUUCCUAGACCAAAUGUCCUCACCCAUGGUUCGAGAACCAUAAUAUUUGGAAGGCCUUUGAGGGUGUACUACUAUUGUUCCCUCAUUGAGCGAAUGACAUCAGGAAAAUUUUACAAAUCAAGUGAUAAAGGGAGGGAUGGGUUUCAAAUUUUUGUGAGGUCAGGGUUCUAUAUUCCACGGACCCAAAUCCAAAGUACAUCCAACAGAAAAAAUUUUAAAAAUCAUUUGAGAUCUCACCAUAACAUGAGAGUUGUUAUCAUAAGCAUUGAUAAUGGAUAG